AUGGAUAAUUUUUACUUGUUAUUAUAUUUGUCGGUUGCAAUGUUUAUUGGAAGUUUUGUAGCUGGAUUAAUACCUCUUGCAUUCAACAUGUCCGAGAGACGAACACGUUUAUUGAGCACAUUUGGAGCAGGAUUAUUGGUUGGCACAGCUUUAUCUGUAAUUGUUCCAGAAGGUGUUGAAGCACUCUACAUUGUUCAUACUGAAAAGUAUUUGCCGGGAGCAGUGCAGAGUGACGAUAGGAACCAAAUUAUAUCGAAUUCAUUAACACAACCCGUUGCAUCAAAUCUAGGUGGGAAAAUAAUUUAUCCAACUAAUUUUGGCAACAGUGCUGUUGGAAAAGAAAUGGUAGGACAAAUGCAGCAAAAUUCUGUUAUGAGCAAGAAAGAAAGCGAUGAGCAUAGGCAUUCCGAAGCAUCGGUUAAUUUCAAUGCAAUAAAUCAAUCAAUAGGAUAUUCACUAGUUUUUGGUUUCUUAUUUAUGUUUCUUAUCGACCAAAUCUCGAAAUAUUUAUCAUCGAAAGAUGGUGACCGUACACAUUUUAAAUUAACGGCAACAAUUGGUUUGGUCGUACAUGCAGCUGCUGAUGGGGUCGCUUUUGGCAGCGCAUCUGCAACAAAUCGCGCCGGUGUACAGUUUAUUGUUUUUCUUGCUAUAAUGCUUCAUAAGGCUCCAGCGGCUUUCGGUCUGGUCAGUUUUCUUCUGGUGGAAGGUAUCGAAAGAUUCAGGAUACGCCGCCAUUUAAUUAUCUUCUCAGCCGCAGCUCCAGUGGCUGCAAUGGUCACAUAUUAUCUGAUUGUUGUUGUUGAAAACAACAAAUCUUCAGCAGAUUCGGCUACUGGAACACUUAUGUUAUUUUCGGCUGGAACGUUUCUAUACGUUGCAACUGUACAUAUACUUCCAGAGUUGCUUGGUUCCAACGUUAAGGAUUAUCAAUUAGUGAACAAUGCCACAGAAGGUAAUAGUCGAGGAUAUAGUGAAUCAAGAGCAUCGUUAAAGCUUGUCGAGUUAAUAUCAGUUGCUGUUGGCGCAGUUAGUCCGAUAUUUUUAAUCAGUAGUCAUUCUCAUUCUCAUUAA